AUCGUACCUGCCAAACUACCCGGGCACCCCCUGGUGUCCACCGUUUCUGCCGACGUUAUGUAAUACGGAGGAGCUAAUCGCCCCUGCUGUCGUCCGACUCCCAGCCUGACGUGGCCACCGACAGUACAGCAAACGAGCAUUUGUCGCAACAAUCCGUCACAUCGGCUUUCAGGCAAACCCUCGUGUCGGACCCCAGAUAUCCGCGUGCCACUCCUUCAUGUGUGCAUCACAGCCCACCUUCCGCGAUAUAUGACAUGUUCAGAGGCUACAGAAUCAACAAGAUCCCCUAGACUUCCCUCCUUCAUCACCCACAACCAUUCAAGAUGGACGAUCUUGCCGGCAUGGACUGGUCCACCCCGACCUCGUCCACUUCCAACCAGAAGAAGCCACCCAUGAACUCCUCGAGCGCAUUCGCAUCCUUUCCCUCCCUCCAGCCGACACCUUCCCCCGUCAACUCCGGCCGAAAUACACCUCUGUCCUCGCACGUCUCAGGCGCCGGCUCCAAAGCCCCAGCCCCAGCCCCGACAAAGCCCGCCCAUGAUGCCUUUAGCAACCUCAUGGCCACGAGUGCCCCCAAGAGCACCGCGAAAAUGAGCCUCGCAGAGCGCCAGAAGCAGCUCGAGGCUGAGAAAUUGAAGAAGCUACAGGAGAAGAAGCAGCAGCAGAGCGCCGCCUAUGGCGACGGCCAGUUCUGGGAUGCCCUCGGCCAGGGCUCAUCGUCGGGCGCCGCAUCGAGAACAGCGUCACCAGCAUUGCGCGCACCCGGGAUCAAUGCUUCCCCGCAAGGCGUGCCGUCAGCAUCCGACGACGAUCUCUUUGCUGCGUUCAACAAGGAUACGAAAGUCGACAACGCCAGCCACUAUCCGCCUCCCGCAUCGGGCAAGUCAACACCGGCUCUAGAUCUGAGCAAUCCGAGUGCUUGGAGUCAACCCGCGCCAACGUUCAACGGCAACACUGGUAGCCUGACCCUCGACGACGACGACGAUCCAUUCGGGCUGAACCAGUUUCAAGCCAAGUCAGCGACAGCUUCCACCCCUACUCCCGCCCCGGCGGGCAAUGACGACGAGCUCGAUGAUCUGCUCGGUGAUCUUGGGAGGCCGGUUGACGAAGUGCGCAAGAAACAGGAGGCGCAGAAGCAAAAAGCGCACCCGAAACAGGAGCCAGAGCCAGGGAAACCCAUAGAGGACGAUUCAAGUUCCAGCGACGAAGAGGCGCCAAGACAGCAGCAAAGAAGACCCACAGGGCGGCCGCAAGGACGACCACAUGGCGGUGAUCCGUUCGACAAGGCGGUCGCGCAGAUCAUGGAAAUGGGGUUUUCUGCCGAGGAUGCUGCGAGAGGCUUGACGGAGAGCGGCCAGGGCCUGAACGUGCAGGCAGCUGUUAGCUACCUGCUCAAUGCUGCUCACCAGAAGGCGAGAGAAAAGUCCCAGAGAGGAACCUCGGCAGGCGUCAGUGAUGACAGGUCAUCGAGUCGCGCUCGCAACGGGAGCCCUGCUUGGGCGAGCGAGGAGAGGCCCGGGCGGCGAGAUAAUCGGUCUCCAGCCGCCCAUGAUGCGGAUCUGGCAAAGACGGCUGCCGCAGUCGGUAGUAACCUGCUUAAAAGCGCAAACAAAUUUUGGAGCGUGGGGCAAAAGAAGGUACAAAAAGCGAUGGCUGAGUUCCAGGAAGGCCCGGCCGAUCCCAGCCAGCCCAAGUGGAUGAGGUCGGCGCAGCAGGACUUGACGAGAGAGAGCGAGGGGCGAGCACAACCCAGCGAAGUAACCGACGAAGCGAUGAUGCUCGACUCGGGCGCACGGCCCGACAGACAGUCUCGUAGGCCCGCUCAGCCGUCUCGGCCAGAGCCUCACCGGGAUCUAUCUCGGGAUCAUUCUCCCGCACUGUCAGCGGGAUCGUCCAGGAGCGCGUCCGUCCCCAAGUGGCAGCAGAACCAGCAACCGUCUUUCUCCGACCCAAAGAGCCGACUAAACAAGCAGGUCAUCGAAGAGCAAGGCUCUCAGGCCUACGUCAGUCCAGCAAGAAGGAAGAAGACCACACCUCAACCGCCUGCGGACCCCAGACCUUUCAUACAAGACCCCGAUUUGUUCAAUUCACCGGCACCGUCGCGGACCCCGCCUACUCGAUCCCAGCAACCAUCACCCAGACCUCCCCCUGCCUCGCAGCCUCCUCGCAAGGCGCCUACUCCGAGACCUGCUCGCCAGAUACCUCCUUUAGACCCCUCGGCACUCCAACUUUCCACGCGACACCGCAGUGAUGGCACUGCCCAUUUCAAGAGGGGUGACUAUGCGUCAGCGCACGCAUCUUACUCCUCUUCACUAGCUGCAAUCCCGCAGACUCACCCGCUGGCGAUAGUAAUUCUCUGCAACCGUGCCUUGACUGCUCUCAAGACGGGCGAGCCGAGGCAAGCUGUCACUGAUGCAGACGCAGCCUUGGAGCUGAUCGGCGCCGGGAAGGGCGAGGGCGAGAACAUUCCGCUUCAAGACGAAACGGGCGACAAGCGAGACAUGAAGGAUCUGUAUGGGAAAGCCCUCACACGCAAGGCUGAGGCUCUGGAGCAGAUGGAGAGAUGGGCCGAGGCUGGUCAGGUCUGGCAGAGCUGUGUCGAGAGCGGCGUCGGCGGCCCGACUGCCACGGCCGGACGCCAGAGGUGCCAGAAGGCUCUUGCACCAAAGCCCAAAGCCACUCCUAAGCCAGCGGCAGCCCGGGCGCCGCCGCGACCGAGGCCCACAGCACCAGCCAAGGACUCAGAGGCCGUCACCCGGCUGCAAGAAUCCAACAAGGCCGCCGAGGCGGCUGAUGCGGAGAAGUUCGCGCUGUCGGAUCAGGUGGAUGCGCGCAUCGCGGCGUGGCGCGACGGUAAGAGGGACAACCUGCGGGCGCUGCUGGCGAGCCUGGAUCAGGUGCUCUGGGAGGGCAGCGGAUGGAAGAAGGUCGGGCUGCAUGAGCUCGUCAUGGCCAACCGCGUCAAGGUCGUGUACAUGAAGGCCAUUGCCAAGACGCAUCCAGACAAGUUGGCACAAGACUCGAGCAUCGAGGCGCGGAUGAUUGCGGCGACGGUGUUCUCCACGCUCAACGAGAGUUGGGAUAAAUUCAAGGCUGAGAAUGGGCUGUGAUUUGAUCAUGUGUGGCAUGUGCAUGCGAGAUGUGAGCGGAUCAGACGAAUUGAUACCUUACAUAGACCAUAUCAUGUUGAAUCUACGUCUCGGAAUAUUUCGCCGUUCUGAUCGUCCUGGUCCGAGAGCGGACGAGACUAUGGUGCCUCCCCA